AUGCCCGACAGCAACAACGUAGCCUCAGGCGUCAAGGACGGCGUGACUGGCGUGACUAGCACAGUCGGCAAUCUCGCAGGCGGCCUCCUCGGCACAGUGGGCGGCAUGGUUGGCGCGACGGGCAAAGGGCUCGGCGACACGGUCAACGCUACCACCGGCACCACGGCGGUCGGGGAUGGGUUGCAGGGCAUCACCGGCACGGUCGAGGACACGACCAAGCAGGUCGGAAAGGGGGUUGAGGAUGGUAGAGAAGAAGAGGAAGAGGAAGAGGAAGAGGAAGAGGAAGAGGAAGAAGAGGAAGAGGAAGAGGAAGAGGAAGAAGAAGAAGAAGAGGAAGAGGAAGAAGAAGAAGAAGAGGAAGAGGAAGAAGAAGAAGAAGGAGAAGCCUUCAUAUGCGCCUGCCAUUCGUAG